AUGGACAGUCAAUUCAGUCACCUUUUCGAAUGGCCCCCUCCUCCACCUCCCACGAAGUAUGGCCCCGACACCCGCCCGCCAGAGGGGCACCAACUGGCCAUACCUUUCCUGUAUUCGCCGCUGCCUGAUGAGCUGCCGACGGGCGUCCACAAGGACCUCUUGCUCCUAUACGCCGCCUAUGUGGGGAAUAUCAAUCGCUACGUCCGACUCCGGGAUCCCAACCGCUUCAUCAAGUAUGAGUUUGACUGCGUGAUCCGGGGCAUCUAUCAUGAUACCAUGUUCGCAAAAGACCGACGAGCAUUGCCUCCCGUAUCUGAUUUGGUACCCGCACUUUGCUUCCCGCGAGACGUACGAAGAACUCGCCCGUCGAAAGCCCGCAAUGAAGCUCAAGCCGCACGUGCGUGCAUUGUCGCCGACUACAAGGACGCCUAUAAGCGUCUCAAUCCCACUCCGGACUGGUUCCUGCUCGAACAGGCUUACUAUCCAGAGGACCUGCAACGACGGGCCGAGCAAAUGUGCAUUGAUAUUUCUGAGGAGUCUCACAUGGACGACCGGCGGAAAGUCAUCGAAGACCGGUUUCUGACGCACUGGCGGGCCUUUAUACUUCCAGCGCAGGCAGUGCCAGACCACACGGUGGAUGAAUCUGAGUUGUCGUAUAACUACAACGGUUUCGGGGUCGAUUUAAGCGCUUUGGAACUAUAUGUCAGUUCUUCGGAUGACAUCAAGAAGCAAAGCCAUGAAAUGCGAAAGAAGGAGAUGCGCUGA